UCAGCGCUCGGCCCGGGGGCCAUGGCCCUGCGGCGGCUGCUGCAGCACGGCCCGGGCUCUCCGGACGGCCGGAGGAUGCAGCCCUGGGCCCGCAGGCAGCUCGUCUUGGCCAGAUCCAGCUCCUUGGAUGACUCCUCCAAACCACAAAGGCACCUCGUUGCUAUAUUGAAAGAAGAUAAAGAGACGUUUGGGUUUGAAAUACAGACUAUUAGGUUUCCACACCAAAAUGAUUUCUCCCUGGAGGUGUGCACCUGUGUCUGCAGAAUCCAAGAGGAAAGCCCUGCCCAUCUCUCUGGCCUCCAGGCUGGUGACAUCCUCACCAGCAUCAACGGCGUCAGCACCGAGGGCUUUGGUCACAAGCAAAUCGUGGACUUGAUAAAGUCUUCAGGGAACUAUCUGAGGUUAGAGACCAUCAACGGGGCCUUGUUCCUGAGGAAAAUGGAGCUGGAGAGCAGGCUGCAGGCUCUCAAGCAGGCGCUGCAGCAGCGGUGGGGAGAGCUGCGGGUGCUGCUGGCCCGGGAGAGGCUCCUGCUGCACGGGGAGGAGACUGACACCGCUCUGCUGGGGGAGCUGGAGCCGGAGGAGCCCAGCAGCUCCCCGGGACCCUUCUUCCCAGCCAAGCCCCGCUUCUCCAGCGAGAGCAGCUCCCGCAGCCGCCUGAGCUCCAUGACGGUGGGCAGCCAGGACAGCUUCCAGCAGAUCUGCGAGGACUGUGGGGCAGGGAGCCUGAGCCGGCAGUCCAGCACGGAUGAGGAUUGUGUGUUCCCCGGGGAUGCUGCCGGAGCUGCGGCCAGGAGCUCCCUGCGCAGGAACCGCAGCAUCAGCCUGGCCAGCAGCGGCUCCCCGUCCCCGCUCCGGCUCAGCAGCAGCUGCUCCAGCAGCUUCGGGACCCUCCCGAGGAAGAGCAGGAGAGCCAGCGUUCGCAAGCAUCUCCUGAAAUUCAUCCCAGGCUUCCACCGGGCAGUGGAAGAGGAGGAAAGCCGGGUGUGACGCCCCCCGUGUCCCCCGGGGCACGCCCCAGACCACGGCACUGAUGAGGCUCGCACGGCUCGGGGCUUUUAAUUACUUUCAUUUUUAAUCAGAGCACGCCGCGGACCUCCUCAUUAACGUGAAAAUGAGCGACUCCAAAAUGUGAAGAACCUUUGCAGAACUUCCUCGGCGAACUUUACUGUUAAUAACAGUUUUUAAUUGAAUGCGAAAUUGAUAGCUAUUUAUUUCCUGUUACCGGAGCCAGUGUUUUCCAAAGGUCUUUAAUAAAAUGAG